AUGUUAGUGAGCGUCGACACUGAAGAAAAGGCGAUCAAGCUUGCACAGGACGUAGCAUUCGUGCAUUCGCAAGGCGGAUUUGAAAUCUGCAAUUGGACCAGCAAUUCUCAAGGCGUCUUGAAGGCCCUGCAGAUGAUCAACACCACCGACAAGAACUUGGAUCAUUCGCCAGAAAUUGCCACGGAAAAGGUACUUGGCAUGUGGUGGCGUACUGAGGCGGAUGUUUUCACCUUCAAAGUCGGUUGGGAUCGCUACGACCGUGACCUUUUAGAAGGUCAUCGCCGGCCAACGAAGCGAGAAGUACUGAGAGUUCUGAUGACGAUAUUCGACCCUCUUGGACUUAUCGCUCCAUUUCUGGCCUAUUUGAAGAUUCUGUUGCAAGAAGUCUGGCGUUCCGGCAUACAGUGGGAUGAUAAGAUUGAUGACAACAUUCUCACAAAAUGGCGAACCUGGUUGAGAGUACUGCCUGAAGUCGAACAAGUCCAGAUUCCACGAUGCUUCCGCUCAAACUUCACUAAUGGUUACGAAGAUGUUCAGCUACACACAUUCGUGGACGCUAGUGAGAACGCCAUGGCCGCUGCCUGCUACACACGCUUCGUCCAGAAUGGAGUCGUCCGAUGCUCUCUCGUCGCCGCCAAAACUAGAGUCGCGCCAUUGAGAUACCAUACGAUCCCGAGAUUGGAGUGUGAAUCUGCAGUAAUCGGCGUAAGGCUCGCCCGGUCAGUCGUCGAUUCAUUGUCCUUUCCGGUAGACAAACUCUUUUAUCACACGGAUUCCAGGGACGUAAUCUGUUGGUUGGGCUCCGAUCAUCGCCGAUAUUCAUCCUUCAUCGCAUCUCGGGUGAGCGAGAUUUUGGAAGCCACAGAGGUGCACCAAUGGCGUUGGGUCCCGACUAAACUUAAUGUUGCAGAUGAUGCUACAAAAUGGGAGAAGUCUCCAGAUAUGACUCCUAGUUCGAGAUGGUACAACGGCCCCGACUUCCUCCGGUUGCCAGAAGAAACAUGGGGAGAGAAAGCAAAACCGACACCGAACUUCGUCCGAGCCUGCUAG